AUGCGACACCGACAGACAGUGACUCGCAAGACGUCUACGCCAAGUGGCGAGCGAGUAUACUACGACGGGGACGGCGGAGAUGCGGAGAAGUUCGAGAAUAGUAAGGGUCGUGAUAAGGAGGUUACGCUGGAGGCGCCGCUGGAUGGGGAUGGAAAGAAGGUUUCUGGGGUGAGGUAUUGGGGUUGUGGUAGGGAUUGGGGGUGGGGUGGGUGUAGUGAGGAGGGGGUUGUUGGAGAUGUCCUUACUUCUACCAUGAAACACUUGCUUGACCGACAUCACUCCUUCCCCUUAACCUGCUCCGGCUCCUCAAAAGUCACCGCCUCAAUCUCACUCUCCUCACUCGUGCUCGCAACUUCAGCAGUAGUCUGCUCCCUCUUUUGCCUAUCACGAAGAGUCAGCCACAAAUCACCAUUCAACACUCAGACAUGA